AUGCUCCUCCUCGCCGCCGACUUUUACUACACGAAAAACAUUGCCGGCCGGCGCCUUGUCGGUCUCCGGUGGUGGAACGAAGUCGACACCGAAUCCGGCGACUCAAAGUGGGUUUUUGAGAGCAGCGAGCCCGGGACAAAGGUUAUCAACCCGACCGAUAGCCGAUUCUUCUGGUUGGCCAUGUAUAUCCAGCCCGUUAUCUGGGUUGUCAUGGCUAUUGUGGCGGUGUUUAGGUUCCAGUUUUUGUGGCUGCCGCUUGUCGUGAUCGCGCUUGUCUUGACGAUCAUGAACACUCUCGCCUUCUCCCGCGCCGACAAGUUCAGCCAGGCGUCGAAUCUUGCCGGUUCUGCUUUCUCCGGAGGCAACCUCGCCGGCACCAUUGCGACGAACAUGGUUGGUCGUUUCUUUAGGUCUUAA